AUGUCUAAAACAACGAUUGUUGAGAUUCCAUCUUCAAAUGAUUUAUUAACAGAAACAGAUAAUAUAGCUACAGAAUCGGUUGCUAAGAAUGAAGAUGAAGAAACUUGGCUAUAUGAAAAUAAUAAAGCAAAAAGUACUGAAAAUAUAGAUAAUACAACAGCACCAUCCAUUGAUGAAAUAACAACACAAGAAAUCAAUGCUAGAGAAAAAGCAACAGUAACAUCAACAAUAACAACACCAUUAAUUGAUAGUCAAUUAGAUGAUGAUUCAGAUGAUGACGAUGGAAUUCAAGUGACUAUCGGUGAUUAUGAACCAGAAGUAUCGAAUUUUCAAACAAAUCGACAAAAACCUCGAGGAAUGUUAUCAGGGGGUUCUGCCACUAUGCCACCAAAACCAUCAAUCACUCGAGGUAUAGAUUUUGAUGCACAAGGUGUUAUUAAUGGACAACCAACAUAUGAUCAUGAUAUACUGAAUGCAUAUAAAGAUGAAGAAAAACCAUGGAAAAAACCAGGAGCGGAUAUUACUGAAUAUUUUAAUUAUGGUUUUACUGAAGAAACAUGGGCGCAAUAUUGUGAGCGACAACGACGUUUACGUAGUGAAAAUAAUUUAGCACGUCUUAAUACUACUCACAUUCCACCAAUGCUUCCAAAUCAUCCUCCCAUGGUUCAUCCAAUAAAUUCUCAUCCAGUAAUGAUGAUAAAUAAACCUAUGAAUAUGUCAAUGAUACUACGUCCUAUGAAUAUGCGAAAACCUGAUGGAAAAAUUGAUGUUAUCGGUACAACUGAUCAUACAUCUCGUCGAACAAUGUUCGAAACAUCAAAUAAUUUUGAACAUUCACCAUUUAUAAAUGGACUUCAAUUUCUUGGUGGUCAACCACCUAGUGGACAAACAGUAGGUGAUCUUAUAUCGACACCAUCAAAUUCGAAUGGUCCUCCACCAUCAGGUAAUCCUCAUCAUAUACAAACUUUGGGUAUGCCUCGAUUACCGAUGAUACGCUUACCACCUGGCAUGCCAUUUCGAGCUCAAUUCGGUCAUAUGCAUGCACCUGGCGGUCCACAAUUCUUUCCUCGUGGGGCUGCUGGAGGAAUGCAUGGUGAUAGACUUCCGCGACCAUAUUUUGUACCUCAUCCUGCUCCACAACCAUGGGAUCAAACUGGUGGACCACCUGUACAUAAUUUUCCACCUGGACCAUUUCCGCCACAAGUUACUGCAUCAGCAGCCAAUAAUAAUGGGCGAAUUGCUACACUACCUAGUCGAAGUCCAACACCUGAAAAUCGUUCAUCAAAUGGUUCAACACCAGAAGAAAAUCGAACUAGUAGUACUGAUGAUAAUGAUAAAUCAUCAAAAGAUGAUCGAUAUAAAGAAAAAUACAGAGAUGAACGUGAUUAUCAUUCAUCUUCUCGGCAUCGUUCAUCAUCAUCUUAUCAUUCACGACAACGAACUGAUGAAUAUGAACGACCAAGAAAUGAUAGAAAAUCAUCAAGAGAUCGAGAUGAUAAAUAUGAACAUCAUUCACGAAAACGACAAAAUAGAGAAGAUAACAGUCGUCAUCAUCGAGUCGAUGAUGAAUCAUCGCGUAGUUAUCGUUCAUCACGUCGUACACCAACAAAAAAUAGUUCCUCACCAUCAAAAAUCAAUUCUUCUAUUUCAACACCAACGGAAUCAUCUCAAACAGUCAAUAAACAAAUAGCUGAAUCUGAUCAAGUAACAUCUUCAUCAUCAUCACCAGCAAAUCGAUUACGUCAUACUCAUCAUAAAAAAUCAUCUAAACGAUCUCGACAUGAUAGUGAUGAUGAUGAACGAAAUAGUAAUCAUCAUCGUAGACAAUCAAAAGAUAGAUCAAAGAGUAGCAGUAAAAAAUCGACUAAUCAAAGUGAAUUUUUAUCCGAUGUAAAAGAGCAAAAUAAUGAAUAA